AUGGUUUUAAUUUCUACAUUAUCAAAAUACUUUGUUAUCUUUCCACAAUUUUUCAAGCUAAAAGCAAAGGAAAGAAGUAGUGCGUCACAGCAAGGUACGACUUACUGUUUCCAUUACCUUUUGGGGGGGUUGAUAGUACUCAAAGGUUCUUGGUUCCUCUAUCGCUACUUUAGAAAAAGAGUGAAAGUAUUAAAAGACUUAGAAAUUAUUGAAGCUUCAAAAAAAAAAUUAAUAAAUGAAUUGGAAGAAGAUGAUGUCGAUUACAAAGCUUUAGAACGUUCUGUUUUCGAGUACCAUAUUGAGAUUGAAGAGUCUUGGGAUUCAAACGAUGAUGAUGCUAGUGUUGGGUUAUCAAAUACUGUUAUAUUUGAAGGAAUUACUUCCACGAUCGAAAAUAAAAAUAAUAGUGUGGUAGUUGACAAUUGUGAGAAUAAAAAAGCAAGCUCGAACCCAGAAGAGUGCAGUUCUCAGAGAAGUUGUAAUACAUUUGAAGGUAAUUUGAAUGUUAGUAUAGGUCAAAAGUGUACUUGUGUUGUAAAAGAAACAAAAACUGAAGCUUUUUGGAUUGAUAAUACUAUAAAUUCAUUAAUGAUCGGUGAUUAUUUGGAAGCAAUAUCUGACAAGAGGGGGUUCUAUCAAUAUAAUUAUACUGAGCCAAUUCUUUCAAAUCAAAACUCAAAAACCUCAACAGAAAAAACUAGAAUAAAUAUUGAACAAUGGAUUGAAGAUUCAAAUGUUUCUGUAAAAAUUAAACAAGAAAUGCCAUUGAUAUUAACUAAAAGUGCAUUUAUGGAAAAUUUUGGUUCAGAAGUUAGUGACACAGAAUCUUGUAUAAGUGCUACUAGCAGACUUAGUUUGCCAGUGUCAACUGUUAAUUCUUCUGAAGCUCUAAGGACCCUGAAGCAAAGUAAUUCAAGUUUCAGUAGGCACAAUUUGAAACAGAGAAAUAGUAUUUCAAGCUUUGAACAAUGGUAUAGUCCAACUCCAAGGGCAAAAACACUUUACCGGAUAAGGAGAAAGCUAGAUUUAAGAAAAUUAGAAAACAGUAAAACUUCAAAGAUAAGAAAGGAACGAGCUGUACACUUUGAACCUACGAAUCAUGUGAGGUUUGCUCUAGUUCCAGAAGUAUGCCCACUCUAUCAUUCCAUUUUACAUAUUACAGAAAAACCAAGAGCUACAUUUUAUAUCCCUGAUGACUAG